CUGUACGUCGACGCGUAACGGCGGUUGCGUGUGAGGUCAUCGCGCGGGAGGGCGAGCGGGGUCGGGGUUUGAACGAGACGGAGACGGAACCGGAGCCGGGCAGAGGUAGUGGACGCGGUCCCGCCGAGAGCCGAAGAUGGCAGUGAAUGUAUACUCGACAUCAGUGACCAGUGAUAACUUAAGUCGACAUGACAUGCUGGCUUGGAUCAACGAGUCUCUGCAGUUGAAUUUGACAAAAAUCGAACAGUUGUGCUCAGGAGCUGCCUAUUGUCAGUUUAUGGACAUGCUGUUCCCUGGCUCCAUUGCUUUGAAGAAAGUGAAAUUCCAAGCUAAGUUAGAACAUGAAUACAUCCAGAACUUCAAAAUACUGCAAGCAGGUUUUAAGAGAAUGGGUGUUGACAAAAUAAUUCCUGUGGACAAAUUAGUGAAAGGAAAGUUUCAGGACAAUUUUGAAUUUGUUCAGUGGUUCAAGAAGUUUUUUGAUGCAAACUAUGAUGGAAAAGACUAUGAUCCUGUAGCUGCUAGACAAGGUCAAGAAACGGCAGUGGCUCCCUCCCUUGUUGCUCCAGCUCUCAAUAAACCAAAGAAACCUCUCAGCUCCAGCAGUGCAGCUCCACAGAGGCCCAUUUCAACACAGAGAACUACUGCAACGCCUAAGGCUGGCCCAGGUGUGGUGAGAAAGAAUCCUGGUGUGGGCAAUGGGGAAGAUGAAGCAGCUGAAUUGAUGCAGCAGGUCAACGUAUUGAAACUUACUGUCGAAGACUUGGAGAAGGAGAGAGAUUUCUAUUUUGGAAAACUAAGGAACAUUGAAUUGAUUUGUCAGGAGAAUGAGGGGGAAAACGAUCCUGUAUUGCAGAGGAUUGUGGACAUUCUCUAUGCCACAGACGAAGGCUUUGUGAUACCUGAUGAAGGGGGCCCCCAGGAGGAACAAGAAGAGUAUUAACAGCCUGGACCAGCAGAACAACAUCCGAAUUCUUCACUCCAAAUCAUGUGCUUAACUGUAAAAUACUCCCUUUUGUUAUUCUUAGAGGACUCACUGGUUUCUUUUCAUAAGCAAAAAGUACCUCUUCUUAAAAAGUGCACUUUGCAGAAGUUUCACUCGUUUUCCAUUAAAUAUGAGUUAGGAGCUUUUAUCUUGUAGCAGAGCAGUAUUAACAUCUGGUUGGUUCACCUAGGGAACAAAGAGGCUGACCCUGGGGCUCACUGUUUGGUUGCUGGAAACGCUGAUUGCUGGAGAAGGUAUUUUUAUGUAAUUCAUUGAAGUGGAGACUUCAGUAGAGAAAUGGAAAGACUGAAUUGAAUUUUAAGCUAAUGUGAAAUCUUGGCAAAGAACGUUUUAAUAAAUAAAUGCCUUAAGAGUAUUUAAAAGAUGCUUCCAUAUUUCAAAAUAUUAAAUGUUACAUGACAGAUUUUGUGUGUUUGACAUUGUGUUUAGGAAGGAAGGGCCAGACCUUGGAACCUUUGGGACCUGCUGUUCAUGAGGCUUUGCAGGACUGUUCGAAUAAAUGUCGCUCUGUAAAGCCAUUUGUUGUCACUGACCAAUUGCAUCCCUGCAAGAGACGUUUUUACCUGGGUGAAUACAGGGUGUGUUUCACCCUGAGAUAUUUGAGUUGAAGAGCUUGAUUUUCAUUGAUAAUUUCUCUAAUGAUUUUUCCAAUUAUCCCCCUAUUUUCUGUGUAUUGUAUUUUUUGGGAAAUGAGGUGUGUCCAGUUUUUUAAUCUAACAGCUACUUAUGGGGACUUGCCCACAUCUCUGGGAUUUAAAUGGGGAUUUUGUCCCAUUUUAUUGUCUUUUAAGUUUACAUUUCACAUGUUUCUCUUCUCUGCUCCCCUUGCCCACUGGGGACUCCUCUAUGGCUCCUUAAAGUUCGCUGCUUAGAGUGGCAAUACAGCAGGCAGGUGAUCAUGCUGCAAGUGCUUUCUGGAUCUCUGGCAAAGGGAGUGAUCAGUGAAGGCCAUCGCUACCUUGGAUCUUCAAGGUUGGGGUGUUUUCGGUACCUGCUGUCCACAGCUCUCCACUGCUAUCAGAAUGCUUUGCCAGUGCACUAAUCUCUUUGGAGAUAAAUUUGUUAGUGUAUUACUAAAUGUUAAUUUUCUUUUGCAGAAAAUACAGUACCGUGGCUGAAUUAAUUAUUAAUAUUUAAAAGAUUCCAUUCCUUAACUCUCCUCAUUUGCUUUUGCCCACAGCCUAUUCAGUCCCUUUGACAGAAUUCUGCAAAAUGUGUGUCAUCCACUACUGAGAUUGUUCAGCCCCUGAUAUAUUUGUAUUGAUUUGUUUCUGGUGGUAGCUUGUCGUAAAAUGUGUGUAGAAAGCAGGUAUUUUAUGAUAAAAUUGUUGUGUAGUGCAUGCUUUGUGUGGAAUUCAGAGGAAAACCCCGAUUCAGUGAUUAACAAUGCCAAAAAAAUGCAACUAACUAGCCAUUGUUCAAAUGACAGUGGUGCUAUUUAUCUUUUGUGGCCUUUUAGACUUUUGUUGCCCUAAAAUUCCAUUUUAUUGGGAACCCAUUUUCCACCUGGUCUUUCUUGACAGGGUUUUUUUCUACUUUAAACAGUUUCUAAAUAAAAUUCUGUAUUUCAAGAGUGUCAUGUCUUCUGAAAUUUGUCUUGCCCUGGGUAUAUGCUUUUAGGUUCAAGUGACAAUGGUACCUAUGCUUCUAUCUUAAAUUGAUCUUAUCAGAUUCUUCACUUCAAAUGUGUUUAUUUCUAAGGGUGCUUCCUUUUGUCUUCAUUCUUCAGCAAUACAUUUCUUAGCCUUCACUGUUUUAUAGUCUCAUAUUGCUGUGAGAGGAGUCCUCUCAGAAGCCCAAGGGUUGGCCCAGCUGCCCUGAAGCCUCAUCAGGCUUUUCCUCCUGAGAAAUGCAGCUACAGUGCUUGGUGGAAGACAGUGGGAGAUAUUUUUAUUUAUUUAUUUAGUUAUUUUCCUGUAUAUAUUUCAAACACAGUGGGCACAGUCUUAAUCUAUAAAAUAAUCUGUAAUUGUCACCAUAGAUUUUUUUCCCCUCCCUGUAAAAAUUCUGGGCCUUUAGAAAUGAGUUCAAAAGGAGAUUGCUACCAUUUUCAGUAUGGAAUAAAAUUAAAUGGGCAGAAGGUAGUUAUUUGUAUAUGGUCUUUGGAGUACCUACCACAACUAUGGAUACUCUGUAAGCCCUACUUGAUGAUUUUUGACUAGGGUUAUACCCAUGUUACUUCCUCUAAAAGUUGAUGCUGUGAUACCUUCCUUGAAAUGUUAUGCACCUUCAAAAGAAAUUUGACGCCACGUGUAUUGGUAAUCUACAAGAAGAUACCUAAAAGAGGGCAUGAAGUUUGUGGAGAUAAUACUGUUGGGUGAUAUCAACUGAGAGGUCACUUUGGUAAAGAGUGAAACUAUUACUGUAUGUACCUUUGACCUAAGUCCACUGAUCUGGCUCUUUAGGCUGAGCCACAUGCGACUAAUGCAGGUUAGGACACUGAUGAAGUAAAAUUGAAUAAGCUGCUUGAUUUGCUUGGCCAUUUCUAUGUUGCAUGGAGGAUAGGUACUCAGAUGGGUUCUCUAGCUAGAUUUGGGGUUUAGGAUUCACUCAUGCUGGUGGUCUUCAAACUGAUGGACUUCAGAAUCACCUAGUGAGCUUGACACAACAGAUUUCCAGAGUCUAUCCCCAGAAAAUUGAGUCAGCAAAUUGAAAAUUUGCUGCAUUUUAAUAUGUACCAUAGGUAACCUGAGCAUGAUGUGGGAGUGUGGAGAGAGGCAAUUCUGUAUACUGUGAUCAUUUAGAAGCAAGCCAGAAUACCCAGCAAAGCCUAGAAUUUUGUGAGUAAACAUGAAGAGAUUGUUUAGAAUUGCAAAAUAAUCUAUUAGCAGUUUGGAAUUCUACAAGUUGUCUUGUCUUAUUUUAAUUAAUUUCUUCCUUUUUAUCAAUUUGCUUUCAAUUUUUUUUGUUUGUUUUGUUUUUUGUAGUCUGCAGGAACUGUUGGUACAGAUGGGAGGCUGGGUGCAGGGAUGAGGAAGAAGAGGAAUUUAUUCCAUUUACUGAUGUCUUUAGUUUGACUUUCAGUUUUGGCUGUAAAAUGAGAUGUGGGAAGCUUUUGGUAGGUGAGAUUCGGUCCAUCAUGGUAAGUCUCAACAAAUGGCUUUAUGAUUCUUCCUAAUUUUCAGUGGGGCAGAGAUGUGUUUCUCAGAUGUAGUCUUAAUGGAUAAUUAAUAAAUUACAGUGUAGAUGAUUAAGGUUAAAUCCAAGGUCAAUCAUAUGAGUGGGUGGACUGAAUAUAUGAAGGGAGCAUGUGGCUAGAACCCCUCACAUAAACGAGGGAGACAGUGGUGUAGUGGGGAGACCACUGACCAGUUGGAGAACAGUGUUUUCCUCAAGGCCCAGCAUCUCAGGUGUGCAGAACACAGCUUUCAUUGGCUCAGUGAGGACAAUAGUGGAUGGUGUUCCCAGGAGCCCUUUCUGGUUCCGAAAAAGACAACAGGAUACUGGAGUGAGAAGAGUGGGAGAGUGUAAAAUUCAGGCUAAGGUUGCCUUUGGAAGUCAAUUUUCAUCAGCAUGUUGGUUCGAAAAAAAGCACAUUGUUUCUAAUCAGCUAUGUAUAUCUUGCAUGUAGACUUUGGAAAAAGGUCUCUCCAAUGUUGAAAUCACUUGAGAAGCCUGUCAUCCCUACAGAAUGUUUGUUUUACUAAAAGUGCUUUUGUUUUUAACUCUAAAAGAGAAGGCAUUAACAGGAGAAAUAACAAGUGGUUCAGCAUGUGUGUUCGGCUUUUUUUCCCACAGGCUGGAAAUUACAGGAAGAGUUUUGCUUAUAUAUCUGUCUGUGAAUCAUCAUUUAGUGCAAGAAUCUAAAUAUGUCUGUCAGGGUUUAUCCUUACCUAAGCUUGAAUGACCUUCAGAUUUCUUUCCUCUCUUGCUUGCUUCUUGAAAGUUGUUUUGUUAUGUUCAUACUUAUAUUUCUCGUAAUGAGGCCCAAAUAUUUUAAAGUGGUUCUAGUAAUCUUAAUUUCCAGGGUAACCAAAAGAUCAACUGGAUUUUAGCAUUCUGUUAAGUUUUCUAACUUGACAUUGCCUUUUUUUUUUUUUUUUUUGUAUGUUAUAUGUUUUUCUACAAAAUGUGAGAGUUAAACAUGUAUAAUUAUGUAUGAUUGCUGUUCUUAUUUUGAAGUUUUAAACCCUGCUUGGGAGAAUGGAAUAAGCUAUUUAUGGUUUUUGUUUUUGUUUUUGUUUUUGUUUUACAGGUAGUUAUAGGCUAUCCCAGCUUGCCCCUUUGUGUGCACUCCCCUCCCUGUUAACUCUAAAGGUUGAGAGAGGAAGUUAUAACUGUAGGAUUCAAUGUAGAUUGAAAUAAAAUAUUUUAAAAAAUUUCCUAAGAA